CGUUAAGCUAGCAGCUGGAGAAGCUUGUCCCCAAAAUAUUUAAAAAACGAUGUCAACAUCAGAAGAAAACACAGAGGUCACUGUUCCGUGCGUGCUCGUCACCAGCUGUGACAGUGGGUUUAAAGAAGAGGAGCUGAUCAAACAGAUCCUCAGUACGAAGACUUUGCCCGAGCCAACUAAGAGAGAGGAGUCAGUAAGCUGGUAUCCGUGGAUCAUCAACAACAAGUAUUAUACAGCAGAUGUCAGACUAUGUGUCGUACCAAGCACCUUUCAAAUGUCAUCAGAGAUUGCCCAGUCCAUGCAGGCGUUCAUCGCUUAUUUUGACAGCACAGUGAAGGAUGGUCUGGAUAAGCUCCAUCCGUGGAUAUCAGUGGUGGAAGAUCUCGCUCCGGAGGUGCUCAUUCUGGUGUGUGACAGAGUCUGUGAAACAGGGGUCACCAGGCAUGAAGCACAGCAGUGGUGUUUGGCUCAUGCCUUUGAACUGGUAGAGCUCAAUCCACAGGAGUUGCCAGAUGAGGAUGAUGACUUUCCAGAAUCCACAGGAGUAAAGAGAAUCGUCCAGGCUCUCAAUGCCAACGUGUGGUCCAGUGUGGAGAUGAAAGAUGGACACAAUCAGGGCUUUGGUCUGAUGAGUAGUUUGGUGGCAUCCAGACACAACAAUCCUCACCCAAACAACUGCCAAGAUCCUCCAUCUUCCAGCUUGCCAGUAGAGGGCUCACUUGUUAGUGAGGAGGCAAACCACACAGAAAGUAGUCCAAACACAGGCACACAGGGAGACACAGUAGUAGAUGCAAUGACUGAUUUGGACAUUCAGGAACUUGCAAAUCUCACAGCUGGAGAUGCAGAUGUGGAUAACUUUGAACGCCUCUUUACGAAAUUAAAAGAGAUGAAAGACAAAGCUUCGUCAUUACCUCAUGAGCAGAGGAAGGUUCAUGCAGAGAAGGUAGCAAAAGCGUUUUGGAUGGCCAUUGGUGGCGAUGACGACGAGAUAGACGGGUUAUCAUCGGGUGAGGAAAGUUAAAAGUGGCUACACGUGACUCCUUUCUCCUGAUCCUCCUGUCCUCUCCUCGGGCUCCCACAAGAUCCAGCGCCCUUUGACCUGAUUCUUGCACCUGGAAUGUGGAGAUGUUUACAGAUGGCACUGUAGGCAUAGUCAUGUUUAGAAAAUUAUGAUUCCUAAAAUGAAUGAAUACUUGUGUGUGUGUGUGUGUGUGUGUAGUGAGAAACAGUUGUUUCUCUUGUAUAGGGAGAGAAGAGAGCCAAUGGAUGGCCCUGAUCCUCAGUCUUUUCCCCGGGUCCCUCACUAUACUUUAAGCCCUGAGUGAACCUCAACACAUGACUGUGUUGCAGGGGGAAAAAAACAACAUUUAAAAAAUCAUGUGGACUUGUGAUUUAUGUAUAUGUCUAUUAGGUACAGUUGUCACAUAUAUUUGCAAGUGACAUAAUGUGCCUUAUCCUUAGAAGAGUUGUAAGACACUUAAUGCACAUUCUGUUGAAUCAACAUAAAGACUUGUGAUUUUAAAUUUUCUGCCCUUUAGUGAGUGUGGCGUAUUUAUUGUGAAUACAAGACUGCUGUUGCACUACAUAAAAACAUACAGCUCAUCUCGUUCUUAUUAAGAAAAAUGUGCAGAGCAGAAAUGUGGGAACAACUGUAUGCUUCGAUGGAGUAUCUCUCCAAUAAAUUAAAUGUUCAGUUCAGACACAGUGCUGUAUUG